CACUUGAGACUCCCUGGCAGGACAAUCUGCCCGGUUCUCCCUCAAACUGUUGUUCCGACUCGCACCGCUGAGCGUCUCUAGUUGUUCAUUUUCUCUCCAGAGGAGGAGCCUCCCCCACCCUUAACCUCCUCAGUCCCCCAGUUGAGAAAGUUGGGAGACUUUUGUUAUCUGUCCGCUCUCACGAGAGAAACAGUCGCGUCUGCAGAGGUGCUGUUCGCUAAUGGGACUGCCGCCCACACAGACGCGGGGCACGCAAGCGGAACACCGGGGCGCCCGGGGGGUUAUGCAAAUGAAGGGUGACCGACCAUAAAGGUCGAGCGGGAGGACAGAUGCGGCGAACCGAAAUGGGCUGACAUGCACAGACGGGACGUUCAUUGGAUUACUGCAUUACUUUGACUUAUUUCUUUUUUUUUGCCCCGAUAAUGCUGCUUUAGUCCAAGUGCACGCGCAGCGGUGCCCGCUCCGAGGACAUCGUGCUGUCUCAAGUUCGACGAGUUUCCCUUCAGAGGCCAAGCAUGUUGGUGCCCCGCGGACUCGUAUCACUGACUUGUCUCCUUCAAGGUUGUUUCCUCUUCUUAUGCAGAACUGGCGAAGCAUCGGGGGCAACAGAUAGGUGGUCCAAGGAUUUCGACCAGUUUGAAGUUGUCUACCCCAUCCAAGUGGAUGAAAUUGGCCAGACCAUCUCUGAGUCUUGGUCACCUAGCCUUGUGCGUGGAAUUCACAAGCGGGACUUAUCCUCAGCACAUAUCUCUGAGCACAUUUACUACAAGGUUGUCCAUCGGCGGCAGGAACUGCUGUUUAACUUGACUGUCAAUCAUAACCUGCUGGCACCAGGUUUCAUAUCUGAGAGAAGGCAUGGUAGCCUUGCUGGAGCCAAGAUCUGGAAACACAACCGCAACUCCUGCCACUUCAUUGGAGAUGUUCUGGACCAGGCAUCUCAGAGAGGGAGAGCAGCUAUUAGUGCCUGUGGGGGCCUGACAGGGGUGUUCCAGCUAUCUGGCGAGGAUUUCUUUAUUGAACCACUGGAAGAAGCUGAAAGCAGCAGUGAAGAGAGGAAACCUCAUAUGAUAUUUAGGCGUCAUGUUACGGAACGGCCUGACUCCAAGGCCACCCCUGUGAGGGGACCAUGUGGAGUAAGAGAGUCACAUAGAAGCCAUGCGCAGGAGGAGAGGAAGCGAGAGAAAUGGCAACAGAGGCAUCAGCGGCCACGGAGAAUCCGUCAGCGUUCAAUCAGCAAAGAAAAGUGGGUAGAGUCCCUAGUGGUGGCUGACCGCAAGAUGGUGGAGUACCAUGGCAGUGAGAACGUGGAGAACUAUGUGCUGACUGUCAUGAACAUGGUGGCCAGCUUAUUCCACGACGCCAGUAUUGGAAACUCCAUCAACAUUGUUGUUGUUCGACUGGUCACCCUUGAAGAGGAUGAGGAUGACCUCAAAAUUACACACCAUGCAGACAACACCCUUUCCAGCUUCUGCAAGUGGCAGAAAGACAUUAACAUGAAAGGAGACAUACAUCCUAUCCACCAUGAUGUGGCUAUACUGCUAACCAGGAAGGACAUUUGUGCUGCAAUGAACAGACCCUGUGAGACCCUGGGCCUCUCUCAUGUUGCUGGCAUGUGCCAGCCUCACCGCAGCUGUAACAUCAAUGAGGACACUGGCUUGCCUGUUGCUUUCACUAUAGCACAUGAACUUGGACACAGCUUUGGGAUUCAGCAUGAUGGAACCAACAAUGACUGUGAGCCGAUUGGGAAAAGACCUUUCAUCAUGUCUCCACAGCUCCUGUAUGGUGCCGCACCUCCCAUCUGGUCCCGCUGCAGUCGAGAAUACAUAACCCGCUUCUUUGACCGUGGCUGGGGUCUGUGCCUGGAUGAGCCUCCAGCUCAAGACACCAUCGAGUUGGAAUUUGUGCCCCCUGGAGUGAUCUACGAUGCCUCUCACCAGUGUCGGCUUCAGUACGGCUCUGACUCCAUCUUCUGUGACGACAUGGACAAUGUUUGCAAUACUCUGUGGUGCACCGUGCACAACACCUGCCACUCAAAGCUGGACGCGGCAGUGGAUGGCACCAAGUGUGGUCCGCACAAGUGGUGCAUUGAUGGCGAAUGCUUAUCCAGGUCAUACCCACCAGAGAGAAUCAAUGGCGGCUGGGCAUCCUGGAGCCAGUGGUCACCAUGUACCCGAAGCUGCGGAGCAGGCGUGAGCAUUGCAGAGCGGCAGUGUACCAACCCCAUUCCAAAGUAUGGUGGAAAGUACUGUCUGGGUGAGAGGAAGAGGUACAAGAUUUGCAAUACCCGUCCCUGCACUUCUGAAAAGCCUUCAUUCCGUCAGCUCCAGUGUGAAUAUUUCAACAACCUGCCCUACAAGGGGAAGCUGUACAAGUGGGUGCCAGUGAAGAACCGCAUUAACCCCUGUGAGCUCCAUUGCCGGCCAGCUGAUGAGUACUUCUCAGAGAAAAUGUUGGAUGCAGUGGUUGAUGGGACACGAUGCUAUGAGGGCAGCAUCAGCCGGGACAUGUGCAUCAAUGGCAUCUGCAAGAAUAUUGGCUGUGACUAUGAAAUCGACUCAAACGCUGUUGAAGAUCGCUGUGGAGUCUGCCAUGGGAAUGGUUCCACCUGUGAGACAGUGACAAAGACCUUUGAGGAGAGUGAAGGACUUGGCUAUGUGGAUGUUGGCGUAAUCCCAGAAGGAGCACGCGAGAUACGCAUUGAAGAAGUUGCAGAGGCUGGAAACUUCCUGGCCCUGAGAAGCAGCGAUCCUGACAAGUACUUCCUGAAUGGCGACUGGACUAUCCAGUGGAAUGGAGAUUACAAAGUGGCUGGGACCACAUUCACUUAUGAGCGGAAUGGAAACCUGGAGAAUCUGACCUCCCCAGGGCCCACACUAGAGCCUGUGUGGAUUCAGCUCCUCUUCCAAGAGACCAACCCCGGUGUGCGUUAUGAGUACACAAUCCAUCGAGAACCAGACAGUGAGAAUGACCUCCCACUGCAGGACUUCUCCUGGCAGUACAGCCCUUGGACAAAGUGCAGUGUCACCUGUGGAACAGGUGUUCAGAGGCAGAUUGUUCACUGCAUGGAAAGGACAGAAGGGAUAGUAGAAGAGCACUACUGUGAACCGGCAACACGGCCAGAUGACCAGCAGGCCAGCUGUAAUGAGGAGCCAUGCCCAGCAAGAUGGUGGGUGGGAGAGUGGCAGAAGUGCUCAGCCACUUGUGGCGACAGCGGAACCACAAUUCGGACGGUGCUUUGUAUCCAAAGUGUCGGAUUGGACGAGCAGAGGGCGCUGCAGCUGUCUGAAUGCAAACACCUAGAAAAACCUGUAACUGUGGCACCAUGCAACCGGGACCGAAGCUGUCCUGAAUGGUCUGUGGGCAGCUGGACUGAGUGUUCUGUCACCUGUGGCGAUGGAGUUCAGAGACGUCCUGUGUCUUGCAAUAAUGGAGUGGAAGUGGAGUGUGACCCUACGCAAAAGCCACCUUCAGAAAUGCCUUGCAGCCUUCAGAGGUGCCUCAAGAGGUUGAAAGUCUUUGGAACAGAAUGGGUUGGCAGUGGAGCUUCAAGCAAAGAGCACUUCAAUGAGAUUGAUUUGAAUUCAAAAAUUGAGAAUCAUCUCUCCAGACCCGGCCAUGGAGUGUCUACAGAGCAGCGCCCAGAAAUGUCUGGUGACCUCAGCAAUGACAUUGAAGUUAACUUCCCCCUUUAUGGUAGGACUGGGCCAUCAGAUCACAAAAGUGGUACCAACGUGUUUGUGGAUGAUUUUUAUUAUGAUUACAACUUCAUCAAUUUCCACGAAGAUCUGUCCUAUGAUCCUUUGUCUGAACCAGAGGAGCCUAGGGAAGAUAUACUGACUAAUAACCAGAGUAAAGAUCCAACACUGGUUAUUUCUGAACCCAACAUAAAAACAACUGUCACUAGUGUAUCUAGAGUGUCACCCUCUGAGCAGACACCUGCCACAGAUUUAUCUCAGAAGUCAAAAGACAGAGACCUUAGUGGUUUCCAAGAACAUGACAAACAUGUACAGGAGGACUUGAACAACUUAGGAGAAAAGGACACAGAUGAAGAGGAUGAAAAGACGUUUUAUGAAGAAAAUCAGUUCUUGCGUGUUGUGGAAAAGGAAGUUUUGGUCACACCGGCUAGCAGCUUUUCUGUAAGAGUGAAAGUGGCAGAAGAUGCUACCACAACAGAAGCCCCACUGUCAACAAAAGUCAACUUGGUCACUCACAGCUACAUGCAAGAACACCAUGACUCUGAAGGAGGUCAAAGUCUUGGUGUCCAAAUUAAAAUGCAAAAGGGGGAUAAGACAACUAAGAAUGAAAAAGUUAGUGAAGAAGAAGAAGGGCCAGACCCACAUGAUGAUUAUGGUGUUAAACUGGGAACUAUGAGCACAGAAGAUGGAGAUUUCAUUAGUUAUUAUGAUUUGCCUACAAAGAAGUAUGCCGGUGAGGUGAAAGAAGGAAUAGAGGCAGACAAUCUAAAAGAGACAACAAAUUCAGAAAGAAUAUUGCUGCAAUCAGAAGACUGGGCUACUACAACAUCUGUAACCAAACCUGCAACUCCUAGCCCUACUUGGUUUCACCUCUACAACAUGCUGACUACAAACGAUGUUCAGUCAUCUACUGAAAUGACCCUGUAUCUUGUGUCCCGAGAAAGGACUUCUGCCUUCACAGAGCUUCCAGACCCCUCUCAGUACAACCUUCUUGAAGAGGCUCUGCCCACAAGUUCUCAGGCUAGUGAGGUCACUGACGGUCCAUUAAGUAGCCCAAGUCAUUCCUGGGUAGAGAUCGACUCCAAUGAAAUCAUUAUACCUUCAGGUGUCAUGGGGCCCACAGAAAAUAACAAUCCAGCAACCACACACAUUCCCAUAAUUCAGUCCAGUGAAGGCUCCCUGUUCCUAGACAAUGUUCAGAUGCAGGUUACAACACCCAUGCCACAGGAUCUACCAUCUACUCCACUAGAAUUCCCAGAGGUCAAUGUGACUGCAUUCUGGAGGACCGGGAACUGGAGCACCUGCUCGACCACCUGUGGACUUGGGGCGAUCUGGAGGACCGUAGAGUGUGGCACUGGAUCAGAUGCAGACUGUGAUGUUUCUAAGAAGCCAGCGCCUGCUCGCAGAUGCUAUCUCAGGCCCUGCUCAAUGUGGCAUAUGGGAAACUGGAGCAAGUGUUCCAGUAACUGUGGAGGAGGCCUAAAGACACGGGAGGUCCACUGCGUGGACACCAGAGAGCAGCGGCUCCUGAGGCCAUUUCACUGCCAGGCCAUAGAGCACAAGCCACCCACAAGCACAGCUUGUAAAACUGAACCAUGUCUGGAAUGGUACUCUUCAUCCUGGAGUGAAUGCUCAGAGGUGUGCGGUCGUGGACAACAGGAGCGUUUUGUUACUUGCCCAGAAUUUGGAAGAUGCAGUGAGAACAACCAGCCAAAUAUAACAAGGAGCUGCAAUACACAUCCCUGCACCAAAUGGGUAAUGGGAUCUUGGGGUCAGUGCUCAGCAACUUGUGGAGGUGGCCUUCAACGCCGUCUGGUGAAGUGUCUAAACACGAAAACGGGUGAGACGGAGGAGGACAGUGACAAGUGUAGCCAUGAUCCCUGGCCCGAGAACACGCAGAAGUGUAACACGCAGGAGUGCAACAACAUGGAACCAAAACCCUGCCGUAGGGACCGCCUCACACUUGGCUUCUGCCAGACCCUCAAGCUGCUGGGAAGAUGCAAGCUGCCAACAGUGAAAGAGCAAUGCUGCCAGAGCUGCCAAGCUCCUGGUCAUGGAGUACGGGAGCGGGGCGAUGAGCGUGUCACCCGGAGGUGAUGGGGAGCUGAGAUGCAACAGGACACUUGGAGGCACACAAAACCCCCAUUGGUGCAUUUACCAGUGGAAGCCUGACAGCUAACGUUCAGAAAAUUUUCCAAAGUUAUCUGCUAGCCCCUUUAAUUCCAAAACCUUCCAGUGUGUUUACAUAGGGGGGGGCGGGAGCGUGCCUGUACAGAUUUCAGGGCAGUCGCAGCACAGACUCUACCUGCUGUUUGUCUGUCUGUGACACUCAGGUGCUCUUGGCGCUUUGCCUGGCCAAACUGGCCCAUCCCCUUUACUUGAACUGUGCCUUUUUGAUUUUCUAGGUGCUUCUAUUUCUCUUUAUAUAUACAUGAAUAGAUAUUUGAGGGUUCUAACUGUAUGCUGUAGCUGAAAUGUCUCUCAGAAUAACAGUUAACACCCAAAUAAUCCAAAGUGUAUACAGUUGAGCCUCAGGCACACAGCAGGCCUUUUUGUAUGUAUUGUGAUUUUAACACGUGGAGGAAAAAAAUCUGCAUUGGCUAAACCACUGGACACUGUUACGUGUGCACUAUAAAUGUUUUAUACUAACCAG